AGGAGGACCUAAGAAGCGAUACAAAGCGUUACAGGUCAAAAGAAGAAGAAGAAGAAGGGUCACGUCGUAUGGCGCGCCGAUCACAAAAAAUGUCAUGUCUUCGCGGAUAAGAGGCUUGUCUCGGGGUGGCAACAGCAUACUCAGCCCCAACACGUGAUCCGCCAACAGCCAGGAGCAGACAGGAGGAAGCCGCCCCGACAGGAUAUCCGACCUACUGCCUCCCGCUGCUCCUGGGACUGCCACCACUGCUCCUGCGGCUACUACCACCACCACCACCACUACAGCUAGGGCCCAGAACUACUGCCACUACUACUACUGCUGAGGGCAAGGCAGCCACUACUUCUACUGCUACUGCCGUUGUCAUGAUGCUGUGGGUGGGCGUGGUGGUGGGCGUGGCCGUGGUGGUGGGCGUGGUGCGCCUGGUGUACCGCGGGGUGGGCGGCCGCUGCUCCUCCUCCCGGCGCCUGGACGGCAGGACGGUCAUCGUGACGGGCGCCUCGGCAGGCAUAGGGAAGGCAGCGGCUCUGGACUUUGCUCAGCGCGGGGCACGGGUCAUCAUGGCCUGCAGGAACCUGGAAAAGGCUGGGAAGGUGGCAGAUGAGAUUGUCAAGGCCUCCGGGAACAGCAGUGUGGAGGUGCGGCUGCUGGACACGUCAGACCUUGGCUCGGUCCGGAACUUUGCUCAAGGAGUCCUCAAGUCGGAAGAGUAUUUGCAUGUCCUGGUGAACAACGCAGGCAUUGCUGGCAAUUACUCGCGGGCAACCACCAAGGACGGCCUGGAGAUCACCAUGGCCACCAACUACUACGGACACUUCCUCCUCACCAACCUGCUUCUCGGACUGUUGAAGAAGAGUGCGCCCAGCAGGAUCAUCAACGUCUCCUCGAUAAUGCACAAGUUCAACUCCAAGUUAGACCCGGAGGACCUGAACUUUGAGAAGAUGUCCUACCACAGGCUAUCGUCGUACAACCAGAGCAAGCUGUGCCAGAUUCUCUUUACGCUGGAACUCACCGAAAAGCUCAAAGGAACCAAUGUCACAGCCAACUCCCUCCACCCCGGCGCUGUGGCCACGGAAAUCAACCUCAAGGCACGGAGCUUCACAACAUACGUGGCUCAUAUCUUGUUCAAGCUGAUGGGCAAGGACUGUGCCUUGGGAGCCCAGACACUCAUCUACCUUGCUGUGGCUGAGGAAGUGGAGGGCGUCUCUGGGAAGUACUUCGUCGACUGCAAGGAGGAGGCAUGUUCCGAGCUGGCCCGGCACCGAGGGAUGGCCAAGAAGCUGUGGGAGGCAAGCGAACUGGACGUGAAGCUUCAGGAAGAGGAGACCCACUACUAAAGGAAAAAGAAAACCCUCGCUAGACAUCCACACACAUCACAUAGCCAUUGAACGGAUAGGAAUAAAGGAGGAAAAUGAAGAUGCUGGAAAGGAAUUGAUGGGCUAUUUGGCUUCAGAAACUCAGAAUAUGAAUGAGCUUUGUUUGUAUUUGUUAUGGGAGGCAAGUGAGAUGGAUGUGAAGCUUCAAGACAAGGAGACCCACCACCUCAGAGCAUAGUAUUUACCAGUUUCUGACGCCUAACUAUUGCCAAGAAACAUCAGGAUCUAACUCUUUUAACGAUAACUAUAAAUGAGUUUCGUUAUUUGGGCCCAGAAGACAGUUUUGGGGUAGGAAGUUGGGAAAUAUAAACGGCUGAGUGCGACAAUCUAGCAACGUUGACCCGCUACUAAGAGAAAACAAAUACCUCACAAGACAUCUCCACACAUAUCCCAUUACCAUUGUUUGUACUUAUUUCUGGAGGCAAGUGAGAUGGAUGUGAAGCUUCAGGAAGAGGAGACCCACUAAGCUACCAAGAGAAAACAAAUCCCUCACAAGACAUCUCCA